AUGUAUCUUCCUACAUGGGUUCUCAGACAAUUCGGUGAGAUUCACCAUCCUAGACAAUGGUUGAGGAUAGACGUGGGGGAGAGGGCCGGAGGACAUGGUGGAGAUGGGGGAGGAGGUGGUGGAGAUGGGGGAGGUGGUGAGCGAAGAGAGGGAGAUGAGGACAUAGACAUUGGUGGAGACAUCGAGUCUAUGAGUAGUGAGGACAGCGAUGAUUCUUUGGAAUCAUCGAGCAGCAAGGGUGGGGAUGAUGAUGAGGAUAUACCAGAGUUGGAGGAUGUGCCUGCUAUAGAGGGUGGGUUAGGAGAGGUUGGUGAUGGGGAUGAGCUGUAG